UAGAUUAUAACUCCUGCGUUACCCCCUCUCCACGAAGUCAAACGAUACGAAAUUAAAUGAUCAAGGAAGCUUCUGUGGGGCUUUGUUUUGUUCAAACCUUUUAAUUGACUAAUGGCAUGGCUAGCAGCGCUUGGAUCUGGUCCAUACGACACCUUCUUUCUCCACUACAAUCCACAUAACAUAUAUAUGUAGAUAAUCCAAAGCUUACCUCUCAAUCUAAAACACACCUUGUAUACCAAAACAGGAUUCAGAAUUUAUGAUCAGAUGUUCAACUCAUUCAUUUGUGGCAGCUUUAAGAAUCAAUUAGAGGUAGAAGAGGAAUCAUGGAACAGCCCUUCUUCAACACCAGAAAGAUCAAGCGCUCCUGCAACACCAGAAAGAUCAAGCCCUUCUGCAACACCAAGAAAAUCAAGAAAGAGUUCCAAGACUAGCAAGAAUAGCAAGAACCCAUAUUCGUCCCGUGGCCUUGACAAGUUCUCUGCACUUCUAGCGGAACUUGAAGAGAAAAGGCAGAAGAUAUAUUCACAGAUGGGGCCUGAAGAUGUACCCAUGGUUCGUUUCGUCUACUCAAGUUCAAAUGAUUGUAUUCCUCUUAUAAUCAAGGUUAAAGAUCAAAAGCAAGACAAACCCAGGAUCAGUAGCGCUAAUGAUAUCAAAGAAAACCCCAACACUCGCAACAAUGAAGGCUUGGAUAAGUUGCCAAUAGAGGUACCAGUUGAAGAGAAACAAGUCGAGCAACCAAGAAUGGAAACUGCUAGAAAGCCUGAGAAGAAAUCUUUUACAUGGAACAUGAAGUUGCACCGAUGGCGAAGACCUUAUUAUUAUAUGCCAGUUGCUCUCAUCUUGAUUUUGUUAUUGGUGGUUCUGUUUGGGCGAUCAGUUGCUAUAUUAUUGACCUCUCUUGCCUGGUAUAUAGUCCCUGCAUUGAGUACAAAAAAGCCAUCACAGAAGAAAGAUUAUGUCAGAAGAUUAAGUGAGCCCAAGAUGAUGUUUAAUCAUGGGGUAUCUUCUCCCGCGAGAAAGAGUACUGGCUCUACGGCCGAUAAAUGGCCUCGACAACACGGGCAACAAAAAAGCUUCUGAAGAUGGUUCGGUUCGAUCGAUCAACCUCAUCUCUCCAUUUUUUCUUUUCUUUGCCUUUUGGGGUUUAGAUUUUGCUUCUUUUGUUAAUAGAUGCACAGAAUUUUUGGUUCCAAUGUUAGAUGUGUUUGGAAGUUUCAAACCCUCCUUGGAAUUUUCCAUAAUUGUAAAUUAAUUACACCAGUAUUAAGGGUUAGGUUGAUUUAAUUAAAUGCAGAGCUCCCAUACCUCAUGUUUCUUUGUAUUUGGAUU